AUCAGCUGGGAAGAUUACUAAGGUAGAGGGUUACUGUGAAUCCGGGUUAGAUCUAUGGGUCGAUUUAAAGAUAGAUAGCAAUCCAGAAAAUGAUUUAGAUCAUAGUGACUUGCCUCAACCCACUGCGUCCCCCCAAGGCUUUUCAACAAGAGUGCAACUCACAGAUUUGGGGUCACAACCAAUUCUUGGAAGCAAUUUUGAUACCAAUGAAAGAGGCAGUGGCCUACUCAUGUCAGCCUCUCCAGAUGCUGAUGUGAGCACAAUCAAAAUCAGCAAACAAGCUUCUAACGCAAUGGAAGAGCUUUCAAGCAUGGCUUUUGCUCAAGAGCCUCUUUGGCAAGUUGACAUGGCAAGCAAUACUGAAAUGCUAAGUGAUGUCGAGUAUAUGAGAGUGGUUAAGGUGAGAGAAUGUCAGUCGCCCCCAAGCUUGGACGUUGGCAACUCUCGUGAACUUGAACCAGUUCUUGCAGUUAGUUCUGAAUCUUCACGAGCAGUUGAGUACUUCGAAAUUAGGCCUAUCAGCAUUAUUGAACUUUUGAUGGAUUUGGAGCAAUGGUCACUUGCUUUUUCCAAUAUUGUCUCUAAAGCAACACUAGUGGGAGUUUUGGCAUCAACAGGAGUGGAAAGACACUACGAUGGAACUCUCCAACUGUUUUGCUAAGCGCAGUUGUCCAAGCGUGGCGACUACACACAAUUUGAUGUGGGAUCUACUGUGAGUCCCACACUAAUUAUGGCUGACACUAGCAUUAAUUAU